CUGUCAGCGGCCUUUUCCUCCUGGUCGUGGCAGCGGCGGCUCCCGUUGGUGCGACGGGCGGGGCCGAGGCAGAACAGGGGCUGUCUCCGGUCGCUCUGUCGGACUCUACUGGUGCCACCUGCCGGAGGUGUGCUUGAAGGGGCUGUUUCGCAGGAGCUCAGCGUGGAGCGCAUCGUCCGAAGUGUCGGUGGAAGGAGAGCCGUGUGCUAAGCGCAUCGUGGGGCGGUGUUACUCUGCUGCGCCACUCUCGUGGUGGCUGCCUCCCCCGCCCCUGUCGGGGCCCGUGUUUGUGCCGGGGCAGCGAAGGGCACUGCAGCAUCCCCGAAUUAACAGCGGUUCCUUUGACAGAAUUCCCCUUGAGAAGCAGUAACCAAAGCACUCCGCUGCUCGCUGCCCUGGGACUGCGUGUGUAUCCGCGCUAGCGGGCCACACCAGGAAGUGGCGAAUUCGGAAUAAGAUUUGCGCUCGUUCUCCCGGAUUUUUCCAAAACAGACGCGGUUCAGACGCAUCUCAACCAACAAGCCCGGCUCUGCCGAGAGCCGCCCAGUACACACAACCCUCAGGCCGGGCCGACUUCCGCGGGGCCCGGCACGGCUUCCGGGAGAGGCGGCGGCGGCGCCUCCAGGUGCGGCGCUCGGUGCUGCUCGGCUGCGCGCCCUCGGCUGCCGCCAUGGCCCGCAAGAAGCUGCAUCGGCCCAUCGCCGCCAUGGCCAAGAAGAUCCGCGAGUACCGGGCGCUGAAGGAUCGGCCGCGGGACUCUCAGCGCUUCGCCGUGGACUACGAGACCAUGCGGCGGCCGCUGACGCAGAAACGGCUGCCCGUGAGGGCCUGGGAGGACGUGCGGAACGAGAACCAGCUGUUUGCGCUGCUCUGCCGCCUGCCGCGCUUCGGCGUGGGCCGCACCGUCACCCGCAAAUCCUGGCUGUGGGCGCACGACGAGCCCUGCUACUGGGUCAUCACCAAGGUGAAGGCGGACUACAUGGCCGAGAACAUGGACCAUGGAAGAGUCUGGGGCUACCUGACCUUCAAAGGCAAAACUGAAGAGGAAGUGAGGGAGAUUGACAAAGCCAUGUACCAUGACUGGCGUAUGGUGCCCAAACACGAGGAAGAGGCCUUCAAGAAAUUCACCCCAGUGCCUGAGGAGACUGUUCAGUUCCUGCCAUACCCACCACUGCUCCGAGCCAUGAUCCUUGCACAGUGGCAGAAGGAGGGAAAACCAAUCAUGGAAGAACCAAUUAUCAAUCUGAAGAAGGUCUUGGCCUCUCCCCAAGAGCAGGCAAAGAAAAAAGCUAUAGGGACACCGGUAUAAAGACUUGUUCUGUGUCCUGAGUAUCCCACAUGCUCUCACUGCCUGUUAGAAGCUCAGUGUACAGGGGGUCUUACAGAGCCCCUCUGUGCCCAUUGUGGUAGGAUGUUUCCAGCUUUCUCCUCAGCUCUGCAAAAGUCACCUCAUCUGAAAGGGAAGAUGCACAUACAUUCACACUCUUCUUCCAUAACUUUGGUUUCAGUUAGGAGAGGAGUCUUCAUGGUUCCCUGGACAGUUUCUAAAUACACAGCUCCAGUCAGCCAGCUGCAGUUCUUUGGAGCAUAACAUUUUUUACAUAACUUGGAUCCUGCACGAAUCACAGAAGAAUGACUGCGAAUAUCACAGUACUUCACAGAGCUGUGAAAAAAUGUAUCUGCAAAUGGAAAUAAAUAUUUUCUUAAUUCUGCAGCACAAUUCUAAGAAAACUCAUGAAUUUUUUUCAAUGCCUGGACAUCAUGAUGACAGCCAAAUGCAGAGCCAUUAGCUCAGGCACAGCAUCUGGUUCUCUGAACACUGCAGAAUGAUCUGGGUUAAUGGCAUGUGAAAGCAGUGAACAAGAACUGAGGAACAUGACUUAAAUACUAAGAUAAUCCAGAGUUAUCGAUCUCUUACUCCCCAAGAUGGCUGUCAAGAGAUAGGAGAAAUUAUUUUAGUUCUGGUGAUGCAAAGGGGGUGGGAUUGACUCUUACCAUUUAAAGCCAAUUAUAAAUUACCCCUGUUCCAGGGCAGCAUAUUGUGAACAUUAAAACAUGCAGCUCCUGAGCACA